AUGGAUCAGAAUACAUGUCAAAAGAGGCACAUCGCUGCCAACCUUGAGCACGGUGCUGAUGGCAGCACAACCCUUCACACGAGUGUUCAGAAUGCGCCUUUGCGUCACGAUGCAAUGGACAAAGGACAGGAGGAUGCUAUCCCCGAUACAGCCGAAGUUAAAGACGUGGGCUGGGGCGAUGACCAGAUACGACCCGAGGAUUAUGCUAUUGAUGGCAUGAAGAAUGAGGAUAUCUGGCUUCUCGUCCGAAGGUUCAAUAAAAAGCAGCGUGUCUUCCAUCUCAAACAUGCCCCAAAUCACCCGGAAGAUGAGAUGGAUUUCAACGUUGCUGAAGAGGAGCAAUUCUCUCCGAACAAACUGCGUGCACAAAUCGAAAGACUUUACAUGGGGGCGACAACACCUCUCGAGACUCCAGUCCUGGAGGGAACCAAGACGAACAUCAUGCUUCUGUCUAGCGGCCACUUGAUAAAACCAGCCGCUGGUAUCCUAGGCACGGUCGACACAGCUACAGGCGCUCCAGAGAGCCUCAAAGGUGAGACUCUGGAGAGAGAAGCUAGCAACUUUGCAACAGGUCUUGUAGCGCUGUCUAUAAAUAUCUUUGUCGACAAGGAUCCUCAGCACGAUGAAUCCCAGAGAGGAGGUGGAAAGACAGUCAACCUUCCGGACCCAAGGUCGUUAGCUACUAGAAUAGCGACCGCGAAAGACAAGGCUGCUGGAAUCGAGAAACCGUCCUGGGACAAGAGCAAAUCGCCCAUGCAGGAGCUAAUGUGGAGUCAGAUGAGACCCUUGAUGCACUGGACAUGUCGCUUCUGCGAUGUAUGGGAGAGAAGUGCAAAAGUUAUUACUUUGGGUCUUGGGGUUGGGUUCUUUGGUAGUAUCUUCUUGAGAAACUCUUAUGGCUGGCUAAAGCAUAACGUGGAGAGAAUUGUGUUCCAUGGAAUACCAACAGAUUCCCAAUUGACUAUAGCCCUUUUACGACAGGGUGAACGUAACAAGGCCCCUCUGCCACCAUCUCCCGAACCAAAAUGUCCACCUCUUGGGGAACCUCACGACCUUGAUGGCGAAGCUCUCAGUGCAUCAAUUGGAGACCGUCCAGUAGGAGCGUCAUCCGAGGAGAUUCGAAAGGCUGUCCAGGGAGAACCUGGGAUUGUCCAAGACACUGGCGGCGACGACCACGAAUACCCUGACCAUGAAACUGGCGGAAACAAACGCGGCAAGCUUUUAGCUAUCGUCAAGCCUGUUGUCCAGGUAGCAGCAAAGACAGUCAUAGGCGUCAACAAAAUCCGAGCAAAGACUGGAACGGUAUCAGCUAAGAGUAGGGUCGGAGCUGCAUCGACCAGGGACGAACCAUCGAUUGCUGGACCGGUUGAGUUCACAUGCCGCUGGCAGGGAGAAAAGGGAUAUGUUUAUCUCACUACCGACACUGAUUUUCCGUGCCUAUGCUUCUCAAGAAGAUCAGCCGGCGAUUCUGAUGGUUCAAGCUAUCACGAGGUACUGCCAACUUGGACGAUACCAGUGAAGGGAAUCACAACACUGAACAAAUAUUCUGGAUACGGAGCUAAAGCGAAGCUUCUUGCUGGAUGGGCCUUGGAAAGUGAGAUUACGGAUGGGCUGGAAAUAGUUGAAAGCGAUGGGAAGUCCUACUUGAUCACAGCAAUGGCUCGGAGAGAUCAGCUGUUUAAUCGACUUUGUGCUAUUGGUGAUCAGAAAUGGAAAAUCUGGUAG